UCGACAACGACGACACCUUCAAUUCUAGACAUGGCCACCACGACAGAGGAAGAACGAGCUGUGGAACUCGCCAACAAAGCCACUGAGUUCGUCAGUUCCGGCAAAUUGUCGGAUGCGGCAAGGUUGUUGCGUGAAGCGACUACAAUUGCACCCGAAAGUACACUAAUUAAAGCUGGAUGGGUGGCUCUCAAGAAAGAGGAGGCAAGGUCACCGUUGAUUGGAAUAUGUAAAGACUGGAUCAGGAGCCAGGAUGAUGCGGAUGGAGCGAAGGCACUAAGAUUCAUCAGAGGCCAGAGCUUGAGUAAUCAGAAUGCGGAGGAGGCAAUGAAGAUCUUAAUGGAGGCUAAAGUUGAAGAUGAUCUCUUGGAUCAGGUUACGGGAGAGCUUUUAGGAAAACAAGGCGCGCAGAUGUGGCUGGCGAGGGCGUUGCAGGAACGGCCGACUGAGACGUAUUAUCAACUUUUCGAACGCGGAGACGAUAGUCUAGACGGCUUGCUGAGAGUCCUACUAAAGCGUUCGGCGUGGCCUUCGGAUGCAACGUUUAUCCAAGGGCAUAGGGAUUGCUUUAUGCUUUCUCUGGCCAUGAUGAUGGAGGAAGCACUCGAGCACCCAGAACGCGCAAUGAAAGGCAUCGCUACUCUUCUCGCCGCUCAUGCGGAGCACCUCAAGGGCAUCAUCGAUGCAGAUAGCUUCGAUGUCAUCCUCGUAUCCCUGGAUCUCCGACUUCCAAACAGCCUCCGAAGCCAAGCUACUCUCGCUACAGUCAAACUUCUCGAGCUCGCACCCGAUACGGCACAGAACCUCAUCUCAAAGUUCGUUACCUCCCGAGUGCAGCGUCCGACGGCCGAUGGUCUCAUUGUCGCUUUCUCCACCGCGACCGCCAUUUUCCCGAUCACAGUAUCCGUGGCGUCUGCACUAUUCCUUACAGAGGGUUUCAUCAGUAGUCUCGUUCCUCUCGUUCAAAGCAAGAAGAGCCAGAAACUCGAACAGGCAUCAUUAGAACUCAUUUCCGCCGCUUGCGUUGACAAAACCUGCCGGGAGGCUAUAAAUCGCCACUGCAGACUCUGGCUGGAAGACAUUGUAGCUGCCGCCAUGGAUAAAAAGCGCGCGAACCUUGCGGCUCUCAUUCUUGUAAAGUUAGGUGAUGAGCCUACAUCAUCCAUUCCACAAAUUAUACAGCCUAACAAGGUUGACCAAGACGAUCUCAUCACACGCUUCAAAUCCAUGGUCCUCGACUCCUCGCCCGCCUCUAAACAAGACUCCGUUGAAGGUCUCGCAUAUGCUUCCCUGCAACCGAAAGUCCGCGAAGCGCUUGCGAAUGAUCAUGUGUUCCUUCUCCGGCUCAUCGAAACAAUGGCUACCUUUGACUGCCCAAAACCUGUCCUCUUUGGCGGUCUCACAAUUUUUGUUAAUCUAACUACCUAUCUCCCUGUACAAUCCGAGGAGGAAAAGCGCAUGAGUCAACUCAAAGCCUAUGCCAACACCCAAAAGCCUUUGGAACCAGAUCCGCUAGAGGACGAGAGCUACGUAACAGCACGGUGCAAGAAGGUCCUCGGCGUCGGUAUUGUGCCCUUGCUCGUCAAGACGUCCAAGCGUGCAUCACCUUCCGUGCUUUCCCAAAUGUUACAAAUCCUUCUCUCACUAAGCAAGGAGAAGGAACAUAGGGGUCCAAUAGCCCAGCAAGGCGCUAUCAAACUUCUCCUCCAAAUCUGGGAUCACAUCCACGCUGAGGAGCACCCACAUGCAUCUUCCUACACCCCGCUCGCGCGGUCCGCAGCCGCACAAUCUUUGGCCAGAAUCCUCAUAUCUAUUAACCCUGCGCACGUCUUCAGCACUGCAUCCGCAGUUCCCAGUACAUCCGCCAUUCGUCCCUUACUCUUCUUACUCCAGCCCAGCGAAUCCUCAACCUGGCAACUACACGCUUUCGAGGCCCUCCUCGCUCUCACAAAUCUCGCAUCCAUGGAUACGGAAAGUCAAAACGCAAUUCUCCGUCUCGCUUUCCAAACAAUCGCGGACGAUCUCCUCUUGUCUCCCAGCAAGAUGCUGCGCCGCGCCUCCACGGAGCUUAUCUGCAACCUAAUGGCCUCUCCUUCGUGCGUUGAGAAGUUUGCUAAUGGCUCAAAGCAAAGUCGGCAGCGCCUCCACAUUCUACUCGCAAUGACAGACGUUGAUGACACGGCCACGCGGUCUGCGGCCGGCGGGGCACUGGCUAUGAUGCUGAAUUGGGAUUUAGGGGUCAAGGAGGUAUUGCGACAGGAGCGGGGCAUAGAUUUCUUACUAGGUUUGUGCAAGGACGAAAGCGAAGAUGUAAGACACAGAGGCGUGGUGUGUGUGAGAAGUGUUGUUGCUGCGCCGGGGGAAGUAGGGGUCCAAGGGGUAACGACUCUCAAGGAGAAAAAUGGAGUAGAGGUUUUUAAAGAGGUUUUAAAGAGUAGUAGGAGACAGGAGGUUGUGGGAUUGGCGGUGGAGACACUUAGAAUUCUUUUGGGAUGAGGAGCAGACGGGAGGCAAAGCAUAGAGAGAGGAACAGGAGGGAGUUAGCGUGUUCUCGGUUGGAUGGCUGGGAUUAGAUUGAUACAUGAUUGGCCAUAGUGAGGACUCUCUUUCCAGGAAUGGGUUCUGGGCUUUUCAUGACUAUGCUUUACUACGAAUUAAUGAGGGGUUUUUGCCAUGCCACCCUUCAUAGUGAAUCAACUUAUCCGCCAAUUAUAAUUAGGCGACCUUGGGACA